CUCCAGCACCGCCUGGCGCGGCCGCCGGCGCUCGGCGGGAGGGCGGCGGCGGCGGGCUGGAGCGGCCCGGCGGCCGGAGGAGCGGUGCAGUACUGCGCCGAGCUGGUGCGAUGAUUGACAAAAGCUGGGAGAAGGUUUCCAUGUGUGCAUAGAAAGAGUGGAACAGGAUUAUCUUCUCCAAGCUGGUGCUUGCAAAAUGACAGAAAGGUGUGUGUGGUCUGCAGUAAUGUCUGAGGAAGCGUGACUAUGAAGGGUUUCUGUGUUCUCUGCUGCUGCCUGCGGAAUCUCGAACCUCUGCUUUUGCCUUGAGAGCCUUCAAUGUGGAACUGGCUCAGGCAGAUUAAAGACUCCAUAACUCAGAAGACGACAGGUUUGAUGCGGAUGCAGUUCUGGAGGGACGCUGUGGAGGACAUAUACGGCGAUAACCCACCACAUCAGCCCGUUGCUACAGAACUGUGGAGGGCUGUCAAGAGGCAUAACUUGACUAAAAUGUGGUUCAUGAAGAUCAUAGAUGAAAGAGAGAAGAAUUUGGAUGAUAGGCCAUACCGUAACAUCCAGGAGCUGGAAACAUACGCUGAGAACACUCAGAGUGCUCUCUUGUACCUCACCUUGGAAACACUGGGUGUGAGGGACAUCCAUGCUGACCAUGCAGCCAGCCACAUUGGGAAAGCACAAGGCAUAGUUACCUGUUUAAGAGCAACUCCAUAUCACUGUACAAGACAAAAGGUCUUUCUUCCCAUGGACAUUUGUAUGUUGCAUGGAGUUUCACAAGAGGAUUUCAUAAGAGGCAAGCAAGAGAAAAAUGUGAGAGAUGUAAUCUAUGACAUCGCCAGCCAGGCCCAUAUUCACCUAGAACAUGCUAGAUCUUUCAGUAAGAAAGUUCCUGUGAAGGCGUAUCCUGCUUUUUUCUGUACGGUUGCUUUAGAUGAUUAUUUAUAUAACAUGCGGAAAGUGGACUUCAAUAUAUUUCAUCCAAGCUUACAAAAGAAGAGUACAUUAUUACCAUUGUAUUUGUAUAUUAGAUCUUGGAAAAAAACAUAUUAAAGCUUGUUUGGUUAUUUUACUAUGGA